UCCUAGCUCCUUGGCUCUUGCACUUGCCCAUUCAACCGCUAAACACGAGUACUAUAAGUCUCCUGAACCAGGGCCACCAAGUCUCCAAGAAUCUGCAUCUUUCUUCCUUUGUAAUUUCCUCUGCUUUUGAAUCCCCGGAUUUCUCCCGUUAACCCCGACUCUUAUACUGAGUUCCAAGGAAAGAGUCGGUCAUAGCUGCUCAACCACGGUUCGGAUCUUCUCAACAUUUCCUUAAAGCCCCUGUCGCUCUGGCUUCAGAUUUUAAGGGACCUCCGGUGUUAUCUUUUCCGCCCAUGAUGUGAAAAAGCUCCUGGCUCUUUUCUCUUUAUUCCUAUCACUCCCUUCCUUUACCGUCUCAGUUUUUAAUACUAUUUUUGUAGCUUUUGUCCUUCCCUCGCCCACCUUUGCAUGUCUUUUUGGCAGAUUUCUGAGUAAAAUCCCUUUGGAGUGCUCAUCAUAAAGUUUCUAUCUUCUUCUUCACGGUUCUCUUUUUAUUCCUGGGGUUGGCCAUAUUUGUUUCGCCAACACUUGAAUCUGUUCGACAUAGCAUAGAAACAAAAAUCAUGGUGAAAAGCAUCCUAUGCAAAUACACAGUGCAUCACAGCUUUACCAAGAAGCUCGCGAGGCACAAAGGCUCUGAUUUAAACAAUCCGACAGAGCCGCGAGUCGUACGGAUAUCCGUAACUGAUCCGGAUGCCACGGACUCCUCCAGCGACGAGGAAGGAGAGUUUGGUGGUCGACCCAGAGUCAAGCGGUAUGUGAACCAGAUUGACAUCGAGACUAGCGCGAAAAACGGGACCCUCCCGUACAAUGCCCGGAAGAGGCUCGGCGGAAGCACGGCAACUUUAAGUCGGCCGGCGAAGGUUUCCACGACCAAUAACGGCAGGAAGUUCCGAGGUGUACGGCAAAGACCUUGGGGGAAAUGGGCGGCAGAGAUCCGAGAUCCAGCUAGACGAGUACGGCUGUGGUUGGGGACGUAUGAUACAGCAGAGGAGGCAGCCAUGGUUUACGAUAAUGCGGCAAUCAAGCUGCGAGGACCCGAUGCUCUGACGAACUUUGCAACGCCACCGGCGAGGGACAAGGCCGAAGAAGUAGGAGCAGAAAUGACAAUGAAGCCGGAGAUGAAAGUGUCAGUGCAGCCAGAAGCCUCCAGUUCGGGCUACGAAUCGGGAGACGAUUCUCAUAAUCUUUCAUCGCCGACAUCGGUGCUCCAGUUUAGAAGUAAUACGAGCGAGGAAACAGAACCAGAAAAGGCGACGGCCUCAUGCGGAGAAGAGGACGAAAGAGAAGAAAGAGGGGAAGAGCCAUUCGGGGAGUGGGAAGGGGCGACGAACGAGAGGAGGUUGUGGGAGGAAGAGGAGAAUUGGAGGAUAGGGAUGCCGGUAUGGGAUGACAUGUUGAGGAACUUUGAAACGCCAGAAUACUCGUCGGUGAUGUGGGAAGAGCCAUCGCCGUUAUAUUGGGAAACAACGAGGGUGAUGGCGGAGGAGAUUGGAGGAGGAGCGGGGGAGACAGAUUGGGAGCUAGCGUGCUCGCCAUCAGGGAUGUGCCAGGUGGACGAUUACUUUCAAGACAUAUUGUUAGGGUCAGAUCCUCUGGUGGCGCUCUGAGACUGACACUGUUACUCUCUCUCUCUCUCCCCCCCCUGCCGCAGCCGCCCCACCCUGCGGAUUCACUCUGCCGAUUUUGUUCCGGUGGCAGAAUCCGCUGCUUCCUUUUUUUUUUUUUUUUGGGUUUGUGAGGGUUUGAGUUGAGUUUUUCCUUUGUAUGAACCUUGUAUUCCUGGCCAGAAUUUGGUAAAAUUGGUGAAUGAUGCCAAAUAACUAGGGUUGCUGGAGAAUGUAAGAUAUGAACCCCAAAUGCAUGAUGGACUCGUGGAAGUCCUAUUGAUUGGCGA